AUGUCAUUCCGAGGUAUACAGGAUCGUCCAUGGCCACCUCCAGCACUUGAAGGUACCCCAGCUUUCCCAACGAGUACAGGAGCUAGCCUUACUGCUGCAGCCCUGCAAGAAGUGACUUCCGGCCCUGCUCUAUCAAAACACAAAAGCAGCACUGCAACGAAACUGUCCCCUGGCAGUAGCACCAAGAAUGUGCAGACUGGGUUAGCUAUGGGUCAAACUCCCAAGGGCACAUCGAAGAUUGCUUCUUCUCCGGUAAGCCGUGUUGGAAGCCUACCCUCACGUCAGGCAUACACCGGUUUCUUAUCAUCGGAUUCGUCGGCAUUCGUUUCAUCGGCCACCAAGUAUUUUGCUACUUUCUCGAACACUCAGCAAGCUCAACAAGAAAACACGAACGUCUCCUCCGUUGUUGCUGCACAGGAAACUCAGCCUAGUACCAAAGAUACAUCUCAACAGCUCCCCACUGCAGCUCGGGACAACGAUGCCAUUCGGAAGAUACCUGUGAGCGAAUUCGCGUUUCCUGUCAAUGCUGCUCUUGCACCUCCCCAGAUGUCGACACAUACUGAUGGAGCACCAAGUCCGGAGGCGCUCUCCGGAUUCUCGGCGUCGGCUAAGAGCCACGCGCCACUCUCGGGACAAUCGUCUAUCCAUGAAGAGCAAGCUCAGAAUUCAAAUGCUGUGACAUGUGACCUCAUUGGUCUCGGGAUUCAAGACAUAGACGACGGUCUUGCUCAAAAGCAGGCCGACUGCUCUAGUCCCAACAACGUUGCCGGUUUAGCGUCGGACGGUGGCAGUAUUAUGGACUCGCCUAUCAUUGACAAUAUGAACAACGACGUCCUCGUUGCUGGGAAAGGCAAGGUUGUCAUCAUCAACGGCAUCCGAUACGUCCCUGAAUCAGACCUAUUGGCUCUAAAACUAUCUCUCACCACUGCUAUCACGAAGCCCGACAUCACUAUCAAUACAGAUCAUGUACUGGAGAGCAAGGAUAUCGUCUCCGCCAUUGCUAGUUCCAGUCCACCAUCCAAAACUCAGCAGUCCUCGGCUUCCGAUCCGCCAUCGUCAAGCAACAUAUCUCAAUCAGUCGUGAAGGCCAAUCCAUUCAAUCCUCGCGAACCCAUCGUUCAAGGUGGAGCCAAAAUUCCAAUCUUGCCGUCAACCACGGACAACGAGAACCAAAAGGACAUGGAACCUCUCACAUUGGACCAAGCGAUAGUUGCUGCUUUGCGCUCUGAGCGCAGCACUUCUUCAUCCAUACCGAUUCCAUCCCCGGCCCCGGUUGAGGCUGCGGCUCCGGUUCCUCCUGCUUCGAACGUCUCUUCCAAACCACGUACCAGCACGUCUGCGAACGCCAUUAUAUCGAAGUGGGCUCCAAUCGCUCCAUCUCCGGACCCAAGUGUCACACCGUCGGUGGGUUCUGUCACUGUAGACGAACGCAAGAAUACUUCAGCCUUGCAACCAAAAUCGACAAAUGGUGGUAGCAUUCAUGCUUCAUCUACUCAAGGUGUAAACAGUGGUCCUCUUCCCAAACCAUCAGGAACACUUCAGCCACCCGUCCCUACUCCAGGACAUCUUUCCACGAGUCCUCUAAUUGGCGAUCGUCGAGCCUUUGGUCACCUCUCGCCACUUGCUGCCGCCGGUCUGCAACAUGCAUCCCCUCCUGGGAGACCAGCCCCUAAGCGCAAGUUUCAUCAGCCUGGCCCAGGAUAUACCUUGCUUCUAGCAGAUUUGGAACGAUCGUCUGCUCGUUCCACAGUGCAGGCAGGUGCACCUGCACUUGAAAUGUCCAUCCCAAGUCAGCAAUCUGCUGCUGAAGACUCCGAUGACUCGGAGUUGUAA